AUGUCCGCGGACAAGAAUGAACGCGAGCUCACGGCGCUCGCGCGCGAGCCUGGCAACAAAACGUGCUUCUUAUGUGUCGGUCCGGGGUCGCUGGCGCCACGGUCGGUGUGCGUCUCGCUCGGCAUCUUUGUGUGCACUCGGUGCUCGGGGAUCAUGCGAGACUUUAGCUUUAGGAUUAAGAGCAUCAGCGCGUCGACGUUCAAGGGAGACGAGGUGGAGGCGCUGCGAAGAAGUGGUAACGAAGCAGCGAGACGACUGUACUUGGCUCGGUGGUCCGCCGAUAAGAGAUCGAUGCCGCAGUGUGGGGACGUGGUGAAUGGUAAGGCUUGGAUCAGGGAAGUUCUAGUGGAUAAGCGGUGGUACGACGCGGAGGGCGCGACGCAGGCCCAGGCGACGCAGGCAACUCCCGCACCCAAGCCAGCGACUACGCAGGUACCAGACUUGUUUGGAGGUUUGUUCAAUUCGCCGCCACCCGCGCAGAACGCGCCGGCGGCGCAGCAAUCGCAGCAGCAGCAAUCGGAGGGUGGUACAAGUUGGGAUUCGUUCGCGGCCGCUUUUGAUGCGGGGGCGCACACAGCGUCGCAAGCGCACGCAAGCGUUGCAACAUUUGCGCCACCGCCGUCUGUUGCGCAGCAGUCUUACGUGCGAUCGGCGCCAAGUCAGCCCGCGCCUACGCCGCAACAGCAACAGCAACCGAUGCAGUCUCAACAAUCGGACCUGUUCGGAGGAUUGACUGUGGAAACGCCGGUACAGACACAAGCAGCGGAGUCAGUGUCAACUCCGGCUCCUGUGGCUCGCACAGCUUUGGAAGAAGACUUUUGGACAGUCAAACCGCAAGUUCCGCCGCAACAACCCCAGGCUAGCUUUCCUGGGAUGCCUGAGGUUCCACCACAAAUGCACAGCAUGAUGAUUCAGGCGCCUGGUAUGCAAAUACCUGCUAUGCCGCCGCCGCAAGGUAUGCAAAUGCCUGCUAUGCCGCUGCCGCAAGGCAUGCAAAUGCCUGGUAUGCAAAUGCCUGGUAUACAAAUGCCUGGUGUGCAAAUGCCCGGCAUGCUCUCGCAGCAGAGCAUGCCGCCACAGGGCAUGAAGAUGCCGGGCGCGCCGCCGCAGGGAAUACUGCCGCAAGGUAUGCAGAUGCCAGGCAUGCAAAUUCCCGGAACGCAGUCGCAAGCCGCAGCGGCUCAGGCGGUGCACAUGCCUGGUAUGCAAAUGCCAGGGCUGCCAGCGAAUCCUCUUCAGCCUCCUAGCGCGUGGCAAGCGGCUCAGCAAGCACCACCCGAACCAGUGUCUGCUCAACCUGAAGAACAGGACCCGUUCGCUUCGUUUGGUGCGGUGACCGGGAUCAAACCAAAGAUCGAGCAAGCCGUGGCUCCUAGCGCACCGGUGUCUAUACAGCCGAGUAGUGCGGACCUAUUUGGAUCGAUGUCCACGCGAGAAACUCCAGAGGUGGCUGUCAAGGCUCCGUCGGUAGCUCAAUCAAUACCCGCUGCACCAGACCAGGUCACCCUGCAGCCGGAGCCGACGCCAGUAAAUCUCGGCCCGAUGGUGUUCCCCAUCCCGGCUUCGCAGCCACAGACGAGUGCGAUCGAUGCGCACCAGGCGAUGAUGUUUGACGAUAUGAAAACGCAGACGAGCGGUGAGUUCUCGUUUGCGCCCGUAGAUUCUCCGCAGCCAAGCUUUUCGAUGCCAUCUCCGGCGCAACCGCAGCAGCCGACGACGUCGGCGCAGCCCACGGCUGCUGCGUCGCAAUAUAGCGCUGACAACCCGUUCGCUUUCAUUUAG